UUACUUUCUUUAUUGAGACGCUCUGUCAUUAGUGCGGAUGAACAAACCACCACACACACAUUUCAUUUACGCACACACACACACUCUUCUUGGCCCUGAGGCGAACUUUGAAAGGAGUCAUAUCCAACCGAGCGUUCCCAGUUUCCUGCUCCUGUUUGUCGCUCCUGCACGUAAGCAGACGCUCACCGGGACAUGUCGCAGACCCGCACCAUUGUAGCGGCUGAUACGGAGCAGAAAGACAGAACGGUCGCAUUCCUUGUGAUGCAGACAUAGAGAGGCUGACACUGAAAGAGGGUUACAUCAACGGGACACAUCACUUCAGGAUGGAGCCUGGUCAGGUGAUGCAGGAGACGUACACGGUGGAGGAAGAUCCCCAGGAGUCUCUACCUGUUGUCUCCGUGGAGACCAGUGACGAUGGGACCACGCGGCGCACAGAAACCACGGUAAAGAAAGUAGUAAAGACCACUACCACUCGCACAGUCAUCCCCUCCGUAUCAGACACACUUUCCCUGGAUGGUGGGGGUUCAGUGACAGGUAUGGGGGGCUACACUGCACCCAUGGACCGGGCUUACAGGCAUGGACCUGGAGGAGGUGUCCCCAUGGACUAUCCCACUCACACCGUGCCCCGUAACUAUCACUAUGGACCUCCAGCAGGCUAUGAGGAGUACCGUCCCGGACCCCCAUCUGAGGCCUACACAAGCCUUAACCGAGGCGCUCGCAUGGAUGAUCGCUACAGACCAGUCCAUCCAGAUGGCUACAGAACUCUGGAUCCAAGCUACAGAGCCCCCAGCAGGAACCAGCUGGACCCCUAUGCUGCUCAGCCACAGGUUGGGCGUAUGGGAAGUGCUCUGGAGCUAUCCGCCAUCCCGAGGUUUGUCGCAGAGCCAUAUGGUCUGGAGGAUGAUCAGCGGAGCAUUGGCUAUGAUGAGCCUGAUUAUGGCUUGGGACACCCGAUGCACUACAGCACCGUGCCCCGCAACCACCUCGGCUUUCACCACGGGCCCCCACGUAGGACUGGGAGUUACGAGGGCACUUUGGAUGGUGACAUGAGCGGUGCAGGGGACAUGUAUUACUGGGGAUCAGGAGCACCGCUGGCUCAGGGUGAAAGAGGAAGCAUGGCUUCAUUGGACAGCACUCUAAGGAAACCUCCAGGCCCUGGCGGCUGGCGUCAACCCGAGCUGCCAGAGGUCAUCGCCAUGCUCAACUACAGGCUGGAUCCAGUCAGGAGCAACGCAGCAGCAUACCUGCAGCAUCUCACCUAUAAGAACGACAAAGUGAAGUCUGAGGUUCGUCGUCUCAAAGGCAUCCCAGCUCUGGUCUCUAUGCUCGACAUCCCAAACAGAGAGGUCCACUAUGCAGCCUGCGGAGCACUAAAGAACAUCUCAUAUGGCAAAGAUCCAGACAACAAGAUCGCCAUUAAGAACUGUGACGGAGUACCAGCUCUCAUCAGGCUGCUGAGGAAAACCCACGACCAGGACCUCACCGACACUAUCACAGGAACUCUGUGGAACCUGUCGUCCCACGACUCUGUGAAAAUGGAGAUCGUGGACCACGCGCUGCACGCCCUUUCCGAUGAAGUGAUCGUGCCACAUUCGGGCUGGGAGCGAGGGAGCAACGGAGGAGGAGGAGGGGAAGAAAACUGCAAGCCCAGACAUCUUGAGUGGGAGACGGCCCUCACUAACACAGCAGGCUGCCUGAGAAACGUGAGUUCGGAGCGGAGCGAGGCCAGGAGGAAGCUGAGGGAGUGCACAGGAUUAGUCGACUCGCUCAUGUACAUCGUCCAAUCCCAGAUCGACUGCAAAGACGUCGACAAUAAGUUGAUAGAGAACAGUGUGUGUUUGCUGAGGAACCUGUCCUAUCAUGUGCAUCGCGAAAUCCCCGGCUGUGAGCGCUACCAAGAGGCUGCACCCCUCAACCAAGGCCCCGCCCCGUCCAGCCAGAAGGGCGGCUGCUUCAGUUCUCGCAAGAGCAAAGGUAGGAAAGAUGAGGAUGUAACUGCAGAUGUUAUAGACAUUCCAAAGAGGACCACACUUGCUAAAGGUUAUGAGCUGUUGUACCAGCCGGAGGUGGUCCGCAUCUACACCUCUCUGCUAAAGGAGUCCAAGAAUCCCACAGUGUUGGAAGCCUCAGCUGGAGCCGUUCAGAACCUGUGCGCCGGAGGCUGGAGUUAUGGUCGAUACAUCCGUGCCUUGCUGCGCAUGGAGAAGGGUCUACCCAUGAUGACUGAACUUUUGGCCCACGGCAACGACCGCGUGGUCCGAGCCAUGUCUGGAGCGCUCCGCAACCUGGCGAUCGACGCACGCAACAGAGAUCUGCUAGGUAAACAUGCGGUGCCUCAUCUGGUGGCCAACCUGCCCGGCGGCGGUCAGAGUCAGCCGGUGCGAGCGCUCUCAGAAGAGACGGUGGUGUCAGUAUUGAGCACGCUCCAUGAGGUGCUGGGCUCCAGUCUGGAAGCAGCUAAGAUCCUCAGGGCCUCACAGGGAAUCGAGAGACUGGUGCUCAUCAACAAGGACGGUAACCGUUCUGAGCGGGAGGUGCGCGGGGCCGGCCUGGUGCUGCAGACAGUGUGGGGUUACAAGGAACUGCGGCGCACUCUGGAGAAGGACGGCUGGAAGAAGACAGACUUCAUGGUCAACUUAAACCCUCCCAGCAACAACACCAGGGCCAACGGAGGAUAUGAGGACAGCACUCUGCCGCUCAUAGACAAAGGAGGCAAAGGUGACCGUGAAAUGAUUCCAAUGAAUGACAUGGGACCAGAUGCCUAUUCCACACUGGACCAGAGAGGGAGAAGGAACACUCUGGAUGACACACUUCAACCUGCUGACAAAGAUGGAAUACAGGGAGGGAUGUAUGGGGAGAGGCAAGCCUCUUUGCCUGUAAUGGAUUCUUACGAUGGUUAGGCUACACCCACAGUCACACUGCAUGUCAGCGCAUGAAAAACUGAUUGUGUGCAUCACAAGACGACCGCCUCCUCCUACCUACUGCCCUUGCUGAACUGACAAAUGGGGGACCAUGACACUACCGAUGGGACUACACUCCAUCCUUUUACAUUUUCUCCUCAGUCCCCUCUUUACUCUUUUUGCAGCUUCUCUCCUUCCUUCCUUCUCUCUCUCUCUCUCUCUCUCUCUUUCUCUCUGUUACAUUCCUCCUUUGCAGCUGACAAACUAAUGAAACCACACGGAAAACUGACGUGGCUCUACGCUCCCUGUGGACAUCCGAACAUGACACUAUGACCACUUUGUGCUUGCGCAUGUCCCCCGAACUCCAAAAUGCUAAACCACUUAAUCGGACACCACGCCACAAGCUUCUCCUACAACACUACAACAUCCCCCCCUUUACAACAACACUAGGACUUGGACAACACUAAAUGCUCUUCAACUAAAAGCAGAGACUGUGGCUUCAUCAUGUGUAAAUUCCUGGAUGUUGGAGGGUUGACUUAGACUGAUUUAAAAGGAGCUGUUGGGAUCAGAACAGGACACUUUGGUGAAAUUUUACAUUAAUAUCUAUUACAGUUUUGAAGAAAUUGAGGGAAUGUGUAAUUUCUUUUUCUCCAAUAGUUAAACACUACAAAAAAAUGAUUAUUUCCUACCACUGAAAACCAAUGUUUAUUGAUCUAAUAAGAUAUGUGUAGAACAUCCGCUUCUGUUUUUGAUAGUGUUUGUUCCUCUUCUUGCUUUGCGCUGUACCACAGUAAUGUACAUGUGCCAAAAGACAAUGCUACUGCUGCGACUGCCAAUACUGAACGCAAGAACUCACACACACACUCAAAAACAUUUUACAGUAGUUACACUGAAAACUGUCAUCUGCUUUCUUUUUGUACGCAGUUUGUGUCGGUGCAAGUCGCCAAGACCUAUGGGAGAAUCUGCAUUUUCUGUAUUUGAUUGUGAUCCAUAGAUAUAAAGGGGGAGAAGUCGCUAUAUAUGGAUAAUCUUACAAUUUACAGACAGAAAUGGAGCAGACGGACAGUUCUCCACCAGUGUAGUGUGUGUGUGUGUGUGUGUGUGUGUGCUGUAUUUCUAUAAUAAUAUUAACUGUAAACCCUCUUACCUUUGUAAUUCUUCUGAGAUAUUACAGAUUCAAUGAUUGCAUUUUCCUUUUUAUCUGCAGAUAAUAUUAUGAAUGUGUACAUACAAGACUGUCUCUAUUAGCGUCUGUGUGGGCUAAACUGGAGUGCCUCGCUCAUUCAGGACAGCUCUGAUUGGGUGCGUCCAACACGACAUGGGUAACAAAUCAAGGUGUCUUUUUCUCAGCGGUUACUAGUUGGAAAACUGUACAUGGAACUCAGCAGUUUUGUGUUCUGCAAGAUAAAGGAAUAUGUGAACUUGUAAGUAAGACUUGAUUCUUGUUAUUGGGAUUGUUUUUUUUCUCUAAGUUUAAAAAAAAAAAAACUUGAGUUCUGUGUAAUUUACUGCUUAACAAACUCAGCCUUCCUGGCUUUAAGACUACAGAACAGCACAUGGGAGAGGACACUAUGUAUGUUUUUGCCCACUUUUCUUUAGUGCAGUGCUCAUUCUAUAUAAGACUGCAUACUCUUUAGUGCCGAGUGAGAUGUAGAUACUUACUGAGUGGAUGAUUAAAGAAGCACUAGGGGGGUAUUAUGUGUGAUUUUUCUUUUUUUCUCCCCCUUUUCCUUUGUUUUCCAUUGCCAAUUGAAACAUGACGGGAUGCCUCAUUUUACAAGUUGCCUUCAAGAGUGGACUGACUUAAAAGAGGAGACUAGAGGAGAGAGCAAGGGUUUGUUGUAGAAAAUCUGUGUAAGGAGGCAGACCAGAAUUUGCUAUUAAAGUGGAGAAAAAUAAAAUGAAAGCACAGUUAAAACUAUAUAUACCAGAGAAUAUUGUUAAUUUGAAUGGUUUUAUGUAUUUUUUUUUAUAUUGAUUUGGGUUUAAUUGUUUUGGGUGUUUUGGGUGAAAAGCAUAUGCAAUCAGUUUUUAUGUUUUGAUUAAAACAUUCAGUUUAUGUCUUAAUUAAAUGCAAAACAAGCUGAGCAAAAUCCUCCUAUACAGUCAUCUGAUACUGGAAACACUAAUGGUAAUAUCUGAUUCUGGACUACACCUUAAUCUCUUUGCCUUGGCUCUUAAAAGUUGCACAUUCACAUUUAUGAAUGAAUUAUGUAACUAGCAAUACUGUUUUUAAUAAAAAAGAAAAUGAUUUCGCACA